AUGCUUCCGACACCAGAUACCUCGCAUGUCUCAUUUGACACCAUUUAUGAGCCAUCGGAGGACUCAUAUCUCUUCUUGGAUACCCUUGCAUCGCUGUCAGAGUCUCAAUGGCUAUCCGAACGUUUCCAAAAAGGCACAUCACCAGACUCAGCAUCUAACGCCGUGCCCCUCGUCGUGGAAGCAGGCACAGGUUCUGGAGUCGUGCUGGGAUUUGUAGCAGCGCAAUCGCAAAAGAUCUUCGGACGACAAGACGUCCUCACUCUGGGAACGGACGUCAACCGCAAUGCCUGUAAAGCCACGCGAGAAACCGUGUCAACAGCCAUCGCGACAGAGCAGAAAUCUCCGGAGCCCUCUACGCUCAAAACAGUGCAUAUUUCAUCUGUAACCGGUGAUCUCUGCUCACCUCUGCGACCUGGAAGCGUCGACGUGCUCCUUUUCAAUCCGCCCUAUGUCCCGACAGAAGAGCUUCCGCGCCUGCCAACUGCAGCAGAGAACGACCCCGCUGUAUCGGAGAGCAUGUCUCGCUCUGCGAAGUUUGACCAAGACACAUAUUUCCUUUCGUUGACCUAUGCGGGGGGAGCAGACGGGAUGGAAACGACGAAUAGAUUGUUGGACGCUAUCCCGGGUGUCCUGUCAGACCGCGGGGUGGCCUAUGUGCUGCUUUGCAAGCAGAAUAAGCCUGAAGAUGUGAAAGAGCAAAUUCGCAAUUGGGUAGGAUGGAAUGCGGAGACAGUUGGUUCGAGUGGUAUGCAAGCUGGCUGGGAAAAGCUUGUCAUUGUCCGGAUUUGGAGGAGCUAG